AUUGAACUGCACAUUUUCUAUACCUCAGAGUAUACCACAUGAAUUACUCUGAUCAAUUCCAAAUCACCAAAUGCAGACAGGGAAAAAUGUUUUGGCACAGAGAACGCGAAGUGGUUGGGAAAGUCUUCUCCAAGUGAAGUCUCAAGAAAAAAAAAGGGGUUCUUCAAGGAUUCAUUUAGAGUUCAUUGGAAAAUUUGAAAAACACUGUUACACAGAACCCCUGACGAGACUAAAACAAUGAUAGGGUUUACCCAGAGCAACAACCGUCAAAACCUUAAAAGUUCUAUAGUAUAGAAACCCUACAACAGUGUUUAUAUCAGAAGGGAUUACAAUAAGAACUCUCAGUGGUUUGGUGGUUGUUGCUCUGCAGGAACCGGUUAAGGGUUAUAAAUAUUGUAUGGGUUUAUGAUGCUUCUAUUUCUACUUCUGAUAUGAUUAGAUACCAGAAAGCCGAGAUUUCACUGAAGUUAUUGGAGAUAUAAUUGAGUUAUUAUUCAUUAGCCUGUUAAGUGUAACAAUAAUCAUAACGUGAAAUAAAACCCGUUCUCUGUUUUUCUUCAGGCGAUUAUUUCAUUCUCUCAUAAAGAGAGAGCGAGAGAGAGAGAGAGAGAGAGAGAGCGCACUCCACCCUCCAACCGCUCCUCGGCACUGCUCCCAGCAUCCUCUCCUCUCUGCUUUUCUCUCUCUGUCUCUCUGAAGCCCAAACUGAUAUAGGGAUAAACGCACAUCUGGCGGGUCUCUGCUCAUCACUAACAUCAGCAAAGCGCGGCCGCGGGGUCCGGCAUGUCGGUGUCGAAGAAGCACGAGAGCGUCUUUUGAGCGUCCGCUUCAUUUGUGCCAGGCGCCCGUCUCGCCUUGAGUCCAACCGAGAAAGAUGGCCGCCGCCGCCAAGCUGCUGACCAGCGCGGGCCUGCUGCUGGCGCUCGGCUCACUCUGCCUGCUCGCUAUGGCCAUCUGCACCGACUACUGGUACGAGACGGACGCGCGGCGGCACCGCGAGCGUUGCAAGAGCUACGCGAGCAACCGCAACGACCCAGGCUACAUCUCCAUCUCGAACCGCAACCUGCCUCUCCGGAUGCCGCCGGAAAUCGGUGCUGGAGGCCCGACCAGAGAGAAGAGGCACCUCGCGGCUCCGCUGGCGGCUAUGGAGUCGCACUGCAGCCGCCGGUUCAAUUCCACCGUGUCGGGUUUGUGGAGGAAGUGUUACCGCGACGGCUUCGACCUGGAGACGGACGAGCUCAUCUACAGAGGUGUGAUUCAGAGAUGCACUCCAGUGACAUAUCACUACACCUCAUCCAUCCUGCCCCGAAAUCUGCCAGUCAACAUCACUAAAACCAUCCGGCAGGAUGAGUGGCAUGCUCUGCAUCUGCGCAGGAUGACUGCAGGCUUUGUGGGCAUGGCUGUCUCCAUCAUCCUCUUUGGAUGGAUCGUUGGGGUGCUGGGCUGCUGCCAGCAGCAUGACCUCAUGCAGUAUGUAGCUGGCCUACUCUUCCUCAUGGGAGGAACCUGCUGUAUCAUCUCCCUGUGCACCUGUGUAGCGGGAAUCAACUUCGAGCUGUCACGGUAUCCUCAAUACUUGUACGGCCUUCCCGAGGACAUCAGUCACGGCUACGGCUGGUCCAUGUUCUGUGCCUGGGGUGGUCUGGGUCUUACGUUACUAGCUGGCUUCCUGUGCACACUCGCACCAUCCCUAAGCAGCCCCUCAACCCAUACAACCGUCCACAAACCAAGGCACGAGAAUGGCACUGUGUGAGAAACCUUCCCACAAAUCAGCAAAAGACGCUGGUCUGGUCAUCAUCACACACACACACACUCAGACUGCUGAAAUCACUCCACCAUCCAGUUUAACACCUCUCAUCAGCAUCAGGACAUGAGUGCUGGAGGUGGCUGGAUAAUUAUAUUAGUUUCCUGCAUGGCAGCUAGUGAUGUGUAACUGUACACAAAAAAUUAGAUUGAGCGAUCACUGUCACUCCUCAAGCACACUAAAUAAGACACAGUCAGGAUAGUUUCAGCAAAGGAAAUGUAGAUAACCAGACAAACACACACACACACACACACACACACACACACACACACACAAAUACAAUAUACACAUAUAGACCAUUCCAACAAUAGACAUUCCACCCUCCCAAACUUAAACGAAAAAGAUGUCCAAAAGGUGAUUUUUCUAUUUCUUUAUGAACAUACAUCUUAAAAUGGUGCUCUCAGUUCUCAAUACCACAUGCACAAACAAUUAAAGAAGUCAGGACUAGCAGGGACAAACACCAUCUGGAAGCCAUGUUUUUUAUCUCUAAGUAGACUGUACAUUUUUUUUUUUUGCUUUUGACCUUUCGAGAUUUAAAUCCUGAUCAGGACUUGUAUAAACACCACCAUGGUCCGAGCUCUUUGUGCUCCAUCAGAAGACUGACCUUGUAGCAUUGGUACUUUACUAAAGCCUCUAUUGCAGGAGUACAACAACAACAAAAACUAGCCUAUCACAGCAAUUCCUGAUUAGAGCUUUAAAAAGAGCCAUAUCAGCAGGAAAGAAGAAGAGAAAAAAAGCCACACUGGUUUUCAUUGAGCUGAAGGACCUGAACUUAUCACUGUAAAGACUGUGACGUAAGGCUGAGGACGUUACUGAAGAGGAGAACAGCCACGAGAGGGAGGAAAGGAUGUGUGGAAUAAUGAAAUAAAAGAAACGUUGGAUUGAUGCAUUAGUGAAGUAAACUUUCUAGGGCCUCUACGAGUCUAAUUGUACAAAUCCUUUUUUUUUUCCUGUAGAUUUCAUUCCACUGUUUAUAUGAAAUAAGGCUUGGCAAACAAUGGGGCUUAAUAUUUUUUUCUUUGUUAUCAUGCUGACACUGGGCAACCACACUGUUGUGAGGGAUUGGAAACGUUUCAAUCCUUGAGAGCAUGCAGUUCAAGUAAUUGAGCUGACUUUUAAAACAAUGCUUCUCUGAACAUCAUGUCUUGUAAAGUGGAAUUGCAGUUGUGAGCUCACACCAGGAAUCCUAAUUAUUUAUAACCAAUUAUAAAAACUAUAAUAAAGAAAUCACCUUUAUAGUUAUUUUUCUCUCCCACAGGGCUUUCAGAUCUUCCCUGUAAAUGCAGGAAGAGGUUUGAAGCCUGGGAUCCAACUUUUACACAAUUUGAAGUCUCACAAAUAGCACACAGUUUAGAUGAGUGCAUAGAAAAGUGUCCUAAUGCUAUAGUAAAGGUACAUUGUAUAUUGGUACAUAAUGUACUUUAUCUCUAAGUAGACUGUACUACUGUACAUUUUUUUUGGUAAUGUUUACGUUACCCAGACUGCACCUUGGAUAAAGUUGUCAGGGGUGGGCUAUACAGCAAAAAUGUUAUAAUGAUACACAAUAUGUAUACCAAUUCUUACUAAUGAAGUGCCUCCAAAAAUACAGAGCCACAUUUAAAAUUAGUGUUAUAAAUAUCAGUGUUCUAGUAGUAUUGACAAGUAAAUUGUAACUUAUACCAUUGUUGAAUUCUUGAUUCUGAUUGGACAGAAGGUGUUUAUUAAUUUUCAAGAACAGCAGCUCUGAUAGUAAUGCCAGGUGCAAAUCAAAUUAUAGCUUAUUUUAAUGCCCUAUCACAUAAACAUACAAAAAAAAACUUUUGUUUUUUUUUCAGCAAUUGUUGAUAUAGUGUCAUUUUCUGUAAGGAGAUACUUAUUUAGAAUAUCUGGAAAGAGGAAGGAGUCUUCGGUGUCAGCGUUUUGUAACAGUCAGAGUGAAAGCUGCAACUUAAAGUUUUUCCGACGCAGGAAAGUCUCCAGGACUGCGCAGUUUCUUGGUAACAUGACAUUUGUUUCUUUCCAAUGAAAGAAAAACAAGGGGCUGGUGAGGGAAUGACUGUUUAUAGCUGCGAUAACAGGAACUAAUAUAUUUUUCAGACACCACACAACAUUAAAUGUAACUAUAGCCUAUUGAAAUGUAUGACAUAUUGUUCUUUAAUGGUAAAUUAAUGUGGUAUAAGAGAAAUAAAACACUUCAGGAAAUGCUGUUAUGGAGGUCAACGUUCGGGGUGAUAACAGCUGCAUUGCAGCACCCUGUCAUUAUUUUCCUUUAACAGCACAUUCUGUUGUGUUUUAUUCCUUACAUAAUUUAUUGAAAUAUUAAUAUCAUAUUGUAUAUAGUCCCUGCCCUAUAUUUAUUCCUCUGUAAUGAACAGACUGAGGCUCACAGAGCUCUGCUGAAUUCACGAGAAACAGCUUCUAGAUUGUAAGACAUCGUCAACAAAAUUUAGAUUCCAAUCAGCCCUAGACCUGCUUUUCUAUAUAGGGUGCACUGAUUUGACAUUUUUUGACCUAGAUAUGGAAUGCACUAAAGGUGCAGAUUACUACAGCACUAUCUGUGACUUAAAACCUGAGCACGGCACAUUAAUAUUACUUUUCAGGAUUGAAUACGAGUAUAAAGUCACAGCCGCAGUUUCUGCUCUGACGUGUUUCAGGAGAAAUGGGAAAAAUCAAUAGAAAAAAAUGACAUAAUAAGCAAUUGAUAAGAGACAUCAAUUCUUACCUAACAAAACAACUACAUCCUUAGCAUGCAAAAUGUUGCGAGCGAGUGAAAAAGCACAAGGUAUGUGUUCAGAAUCACUAAGCAGCUGUAAAACUGAAAUUUAUACAAUAUCCGCCAUUUAUUUUGGCACUGGAAGUAGCAGCAUUUUCAUUUUGUAUGAACUGUUUCUAAGGGUUUAUUUCAUGAAGCACAGGAAUCAUUGUCUCGCAUGACACUAUUAUGGUGAAUUUAUGAUGUAUUGAGAGACUUGUGUCCAUUUUUAAUAUGAUUUUUAUUUUACAGGAAAUAAAAUGUAAAUACUGUGUAACAUUUUUUUGUGUGUAUAUUUACUUGUACCAAAAGGAAGUGUUUAUAUAUACAGUAUAUCUCAAAGUUCUCAAAGUUGAUGUGUUGGGAAGCAGAAAAAAAUGAGUGAGCGUAAAGGACCUGAGCAAUAAUAACAAGGGACAAAUUCUGAUGGCUAGACAGCUGGGUCAGAGCUUCUCCAAAACACCAGGUCUUGUGCUCAUGUGGAUGUUACUUGCCGGAGGCAGUGUGAUGCUCUGGGCAAUGUUCUGCCUGGAAACCUUGGGUCCUGGCAUUCAUGUGGAUGUUACUUUGACACCUACCACUCACCUAAACAUUGUUGCAGACCAAGUACACCCCAUCAUAACAACGGUAUUCCCUAAUGGCAGUGUCCUCUUUCAGCAGGAUAAUGCGCCCUGCCACACUGCAGAAAUUGUUCAAGAAUGGUUUGAGGAACAUGACAAAGAGUUCAUGGUGUUGACUUGGCCUCCAAAUUCCCCAGAUCUCAAUUGAGCAUCUGUGGGAUGUGCUGGACAACAAGUCCCCGCCAACUUUCAGGGCUUAAAGAAUCUGCUGCUAAUGUCUCGGUGCCAGAUACCAUAGCACGUUUGAGAUUGAAUAUACAUGAGGCUUGAGGAGAAAAUAAAAUGGAUGUAAUGAAGAAAGAGACAAAAAUGGUUUUUGUGUAUGUGGUUUUUUUUUUUCCUUUUCUUUUUUUGAGUUUUGUUUUUAUGGGUGUCAUUUUAAAACACAAAGGCGGUAUGACACUAUUGGUGACUCUCUGGUAAAAGCCUUGCCUCUGCACUCUGAGUUUGAAUCCAGCUUGUCCCUGUGCUUGUUGUGGAGAAAUGGAGAAGUUGAAGUGGGAUGCUAUGGGGAACAGGUGGCUGGAGUAAAUGCUCCUGGAGAAUCCCAGAAAAGGUGAGGCUCAUGUAUUAUGGGUGAUGCAAUCUUCUCUGCUUUACAUCCAAUUACAUGGCAAUAUGCAAAUGAGUAUGCUAAUUUACAAUCCCAAUUCCAAAAAAGUUGGGACAGUAUGGAAAAUGCUAAUAGAAACAAAGAGGAGUGAUUUGUAAAUGUACUUUGACUUAUAAAGAUAAGGUAUUUGAUGUUUUACCUAAUCAACUGCAUAGUUUUUUUUUUUUUUAAGAUAAAUGUUUAUUUUGAAAUUGAUGCAUGCAACAUAUUCCAAAAAAGUUGGGACAGAGGAAAUUUAGGUCUAAUAGCAAUGUGACUAGUUGAAAUAAGAAGGUGAUGUGAAAAAAAGUCUCCAAAAAAGGCCUACUCCUUCAAGACUAGGGCAGCUGUGGCUCAGGUGGUAGAGCAACCCCAAGUUGCUCCAGAUGGCAAGCUAGCUCUGUACCAUUGGUAUGUGAAUUGGUAUGUGAAAAAGUGCUAUAUAUGUGCAGGCCAUUUACCAUAAGAGCAAGGAUGGGUCGAGGAUCGCCAAUCUGCCAACAGAUGCGUCAGCAAAUAAUCC